AUGGAGAUACCUAGUCUUCAGAGAUUGGAGUUCUCAGUGAUGACCGACCUCGUCUCAUCACAACCUUCAAGAGUUCUCAAGCAACUACUGGUCAUACCCAUGGCUACCACGGCAGGACUAGGUGGGAGUAUCGUUGACUCUCUAUUGGGUGCAACGUUACAAUUUAGUGGAUUCUGCUCUAUUCGCCAGAAGGUUGUUGGGAAGCCAGGACCAACUGUUAAAAAGAUUUCAGGUCUCAGCAUUCUCGACAACAAUGCAGUGAACUUUGUGUCAAUACUGUUAACCACGGUUUUAACUUCAAUAGCUUGUUUGUACAUAUUCUAG